GCUUACACAACGGUUACACAGUUGCGAUGGCAGACGCUUUGAAUAAAGUCCCCGACGCUGAAAUCGAUCCAGAGGGAACAUUUAAAUAUAUUUUACUUAGGAUAAAAGUAAAAGAUGGAACUGAACACAAAGAUAUUGUGAGAGGCACAAAAAGUGCCGGGCAGUAUCACAAUCAUAUAUUUGAGAAGGUCACCCCACCUAUAAUAGCAUUGGGAUUGGAGUGCAGCUGCCUUGGAGGAGGGAAGAUUGAGCACAACAGCAAAGACAAAAAACUGCGGGUGUUUGGGGAAUCAACUGGCUAUGGUAAAGCAGAUCAUUCAGUGUCUGUUGAGAAAUUAAAGAGUGUCUUCAAAGAUUAUGAGAUAACCUGGUCCAAUGAUAAAGAAUAAAGGAAAACAACAGCAAUUUACACUUAUGUCUGCCAACAUUUGACUUGCCUAUGCACUGCUGCCAAUAAAGAAAUAAACAGAGGUGU